AUGUCCAUCACUUCCCAGGCCGCAGCUCGAUGCUGCAGACAGCUCGUCCGCCCAUCCGCUUCCCUUCGCCUUUCCGCUACAUAUCAGCAGACAGUGAGCCGGAGGUGGCAGUCCACAGAGGCUGCUGCUGCCCCUGCCAACCCCAAGAUCACGCAAAUUGUCGACCAGAUCAGCCAGUUGAACCUCUUAGAGACCGCCGACCUCGUCGCUAGCCUGAAGUCCCGCCUUAACAUCCCCGACCUCCCCGUCGGCGGCUUCGCCAUGGCCCCCGGUGCCGGCCCCGGUGCCGCUGCCGCCGUCGAAGAAGAGGAGGCCGCCCCCCCCGCGCAGGAGAAGACUCUCUUCAACAUCAAGCUGGAGUCUAUUGACGCCGCCUCUAAGGCCAAGGUCAUCAAGGAGGUCAAGACGCUUCUCGGCCUAUCGCUCGUCGACAGCAAGAAGUUCGUUGAGUCUGUGCCAAAGGUUCUCAAGGAGAGUGUGCCCAAGGAGGAAGCUGAGAAGCUCAUUGAGACGCUCAAGGCCGUCGGUGCCAAGGCUGUUAUGGAAUAA